AUGUCAGCUAAGCGGCCUCUUCUGUAUCACGAAUUAUCAGCAAAGUGGCCGAGAUUACAGUCUCCGAUUGAAUACAAUAAGCUGCCCAUCCCGGAAACCGAUCUCGAUCUCUCUAUCCCUUGGGACUGGGGAUCCCCCGAGUCAGCGCAGCUACGAGCCAUCCACACCCUGGAGAUCACCCCAGAGAAUGAACGGCUGGUGCGGACCUUCCAUCCCGCGUUACGAGAUCAACAUUCAGUUUUUGUGUCUCAUACCAAGUACGGCCCUGAAGUCUGGCUAGUGAAGGGCAUUUGCGAUGACGUCCAAGCGGGGGGUCGACCAUUGCACCCAUAUCCCGAAGAUUGGAUGAACCUCCACGCGUUUACAGGGAUUAUGACUCCCCGCUCACCUGGCAAAGAGGAAUACAUGUUUCAAGAAAGCAUUAACCCAAGGAAGCUCCUAUCAAUGCAGCAGCUUGAUUGCUUGCGAGAGCUUUUCCCCACAGCAAUGGGGGACCGUAUUCUAGUCAGUGGAUUCCUCGUCAUUCUCUUUAAAUCACUUCAGGAGAUCCAAGAUAUAUAUAGGAGGGACUGGAUCCAUGAGCUAGGUGGCUUGAAUGUCAAUUAUGACGAGAAUAUGCUCACCGCUAGUGCUGACACCGUUAUAUUGGGUAUGGGGGUAUGCGAGAGACCAGAGGGUCUUUAUGACCAAGGCUUCUUGGGCCUGAAAAUCAGAACAACCGAUGGUCAAGAGGCCAUCACGACUGUCACUCAUGGAUUUGUUAGGCACCCGUCACCCUUCAGCCUGACCCUGUUAUUUUCAGACUGGCUUGGUAUCAUCAAAUAUUCCUUCGAUGACCCAAGCCAAACUCUACCCUACCCCGCCGGCUAUCAGCACGACCUUUGUCUGAUCACAGAUAAAGACCUCCCUGAGAUCAUCAGCCCCCCUGGGUAUCCCGUUAUAUCGGGAUGGGCAACCUAUUCCGCUGCGCUCUCUGGCUCUGAAGUAUAUGCCGCUCGCAUGAAUCCCGUCGUGAAGAAGUGGGUCCACCUUGAAGGCAAAGUUGAUCCUCAGGCCAUCCGAAACGCUACAGUUGUGGGUACUCAGUACCUAUGGGACGCCGGUUCUAGUUUGCAGACUGCGUCUUUGUUAUGGACAACCAAGGAGCCGUGGUCGAUGGCAGAUGGGUGGUCGGGAUCUGUUUUGUGCCUCGGACGGCUGACCGAUAAGUCGAGCAGGGCACUUGUGUUCCAAAACUAUCAAGUGGAAUGCACCACCAACAUCACUAUGAAUGGCCGGCGAGACUGGAUAUUUGUCAAGGGAGGGUUCUUACUCCCAGAUUCAGUACGGUCUUCAGAGAUUAUUAUGGGCGAUAAUGAACAACACAGGCGGCGAGACCCGGGUACCUUUCCCCGCCGCAGUGCAGAAAGCGCCGUCUUGGAACGUCGGGUGUUCUCAGCCCUUUGA